AUGACAAUAUCCACCUACAAUCUAUGCCUCUUGCACUGCAUUGACCAGUCACAAGGAUUUGGCAUUAUUGACAUGCAGACUGAUGACACCCUCAUCCUCGCCGACAACACUUUUGCGAACUAUGAGGAGAAUGAGAUUAAACAAGCUAAUAUUCUCUGCAAACCACGAGAGAAGCUUACACCUUCAAACCCGUUAAAAUUCAACGGUGGCCUUAUUACGGAGGAUGCCCAGGGUAUUACUCUCACCCAGGAACGCACUUACGACAUCAAGUCACUUAAUAAACGCCUCCAAUGGCAACUUGAUAAUGCUGAACGCGGAUUACGCUUUGUACGUCUAGAUUUGGAUUUGUUAUGCCUCGUAAUCUUUGCAGAUUUAUCCUUCGCAAACAAUAAGGAUUUCUCCUCCCAAAUUGGCUUUGUUAUUGUUCUCGUAGAUGCUGUAAAUAACGAAAAUAUUGUGCACUGGUCCUUAAUCAAGUGCAAGCGCGUUAUAAGAAGUGUACUUGCUUCUAAACUUUAUGCCAUGGUUCAUGGCUUCGAUUCGGCUGCGUCAAUCAAAUCAACAACAACGCAACUUCUACAUCUUACCAAGCCCCUACCCCUUGUUAUCUGCACUGACUCGAAGAGCCUGUAUGAAUGUCUCGUCAAAUUAGGCACUACCCAAGAAAAGCGUCUAAUGAUUGACCUCAUGUACCUCCGACAGUCAUACGAGCGCCAAGAAAUUGCAGAGAUCAAGUGGAUUGACGGUGAAAGCAAUCCAGCCAAUGCCAUGACAAAGAGCAAACCAUGUCACGCUUUACAGGCACUUAUCGACACAAAUAAGCUUAAUAUUAAUGUGGAUGGAUAG